AUGGCGGGAGGAGGAGGCGGUGAUGUUAGGCAGCUAGACAUGACACCUACAUGGGCUGUCGCUGCGGUUUGCGCUGUUAUUGUUCUCCUUUCUAUACUCUUAGAGAAAGUUAUACAUAAAUUCGCAAAGAUGUUUGAAGAUAAAAAAAAGAUGGCUUUGCUAGAAGCUCUUGAAAAGAUUAAAGCCGAGCUUAUGGUUUUGGGAUUUAUUUCUUUACUCUUAACAUUUGGUCAAAGCUACAUUUCUAGAGUGUGUAUUCCCGUGAAAUAUUCAAAUACAAUGUUACCCUGUCUUCCCCCGGACCAGCGUGAAGGUCAUGCAACCGACCCUGUACCUGAACCUCCUCCUAAGGAGGAAGGUGAGGCUGAAGGUGAACAUCAUCGUAGGCUUUUAUCAUAUGAACGUAGGUUUCUAGCUGCUGAUAGUGCAGGCAAAGGCUGUAAAAUGGGGUACGGUCCUCUUAUAUCCGUGAAUGGGUUGCAUCAGUUGCACAUUUUCAUAUUCUUCUUGGCUGUCUUUCAUGUGAUAUACAGUGCCAUAACAAUGACGCUUGGAAGAGCAAAGAUUCGUGCAUGGAAGGAAUGGGAACGGGACCAUGUCGUCGAUCAAGAUGCCCUGAAUGAUCCAAGAAGAUUCAGGCUUACUCAUGAGACAUCAUUUGUGAGGGAUCACAACAGUUUCUGGACUAAAACACCGGUUUCCUUCUAUUUUGUAUGCUUCUUUCGACAAUUUUUCAGAUCUGUUCGUAGGGCUGACUACCUGACCAUGCGACAUGGAUUUGUGGCUGUCCAUUUAGCACCUGGAAGUAAGUUUGAUUUUCAAAAAUAUAUCAAGAGGUCAUUAGAAGAUGACUUUAAGGUAGUUGUAGGAAUCAGUCCAAUACUUUGGGCAUCAGUGGUAUUAUUCUUGCUUGUGAAUGUCCAUGGAUGGCAUGCUUCGUUUUGGGUGUCUUUUCUUCCACUAGUAGUGAUUCUAGCUGUUGGAACAAAGCUUCAAGCAAUUAUAACUCGGAUGGCACUUGACAUACAAGAAAGGCAUGCUGUAGUGCAGGGGAUCCCUCUUGUGCAAGUCUCUGACAAACAUUUUUGGUUUGAAUGGCCUCAAUUAGUUCUUUAUCUCAUCCAUUAUGUCCUCUUUCAGAAUGCAUUUGAGCUGACAUAUUUCUGGUGGACUUGGUAUGAAUUUGGCUGGGCAUCUUGCUUUUACGAGGAUGAUAGUCUUAUGAUUAUCAGAGUUGCUCUUGGGAUAGGAGCUCAAUUUGUUUGCAGUUAUAUCACACUUCCACUCUAUGCACUUGUUACUCAGAUGGGAUCAACCAUGAAGAAGUCAAUAUUUGAUGAACAAACAUCGAAGGCACUGAAAAAGUGGCAUAUGAAUGCUCUGAAGAAGAAAGGAUCCAAGGGACGCCAAGAAACACGAACUUUAGGUGCCAGCUCAGAUGAUUCACCAGAUCAUUCACCGCGCCCAAGUGGAACGACAGGUUCACAAUUGCCCGGGCAAACCGCUACCAUAAUGACCAGCGUGGAUCAUGACCAUUAUGACAACCGUGACCUUCUAACUGGACCAUGA